AUGCAUGAACAAUGUCAAUAUCUUUAUAUACCAUUAGGAAAUUUUCCUGAUGAUCCAUGUUUAUUUGCAUGUGAUCUAUUCUAUGCUCGACAGUUAAUUAAACAUAAUCAUUUACUAUGGUGUUCAUUAACAGACCAACCUGAUUUAGGUGGAAAAGAACAAGAUGAUUAUCGAAUGUUAUUAACAGCUGAUGUUAAUGAUAAUCAUGGUAAUAAUCAUAUGAAUUCAAAUGAUAAUAUGUUUAAAAAUGAUAAUAAAGGAAUACAUACAGAUAAACAAAAUCAUCCAUUUGAAAUAAAUUAUUCAGGAUUUUAUCCAACAUCAUGUAUUAAAUUUGAACUUGUUGGUUUAGCUAUAUGUGCUGUAUUAAAUUUUCAAAAAAUACAAAGAUGA